AUGCGCAUGCGUCGUAGAUUGAGUUUGGCGCGCGGGACUAUCCAAGGAAAACGCAACAGAGCUACGCGAAGCUGCUAUCCUCUUGUCACAGUGCUACAAAAGUUUCAGAUUUUAUUCUACACACUUAUUUAAAAACGUGACACCAUGUGGAACCAGGGAGGAUUUAAUGCAACGGGUACAGUCGGAGGGUACACUCAAUCUCCAGGAGGCUUUGCAUCACCUUCCCUUUCCCAAGGAGGAGAGAAGAAAGGGAGAGCUCGUGCCAACCAGAUUAUCCCCUGCACAGUGUCUCAGCUGAUGUCUGCAUCUCAGGCAGAUGAGGCCUUCAGAGUAGGAGAUGUGGAGGUUGCCCAGGUGACCCUUGUGGGUGUCAUCAGAAGCACAGACAAAUCCAUGACGAACAUCCAGUACAAGGUGGAUGAUAUGACGGGCGCUCCCAUGGACGUGAAGCAGUGGGUGGACACAGAGGACCCCAGUGUGGACAGCACUGUCCUGCCUCCAGGCACAUACGUCAAAGUAUCUGGCAACCUGCGCUCCUUUCAGAACCACAGAUCUGUCGUCGCGUUCAGCGUCAGGACUUUGGAGGACAUGAAUGAAAUCACCUCACACAUGCUGGAGGUCGUGCAAGCUCACAUGGCACUCAACAAAUCCCAGUCAAUGUCCUCUGCAGGAGGAGGAAUGAGCAGUGACAUCACACCAAUGUCACGGCCGGCUGCGGGAAACAUGGGAGGGAGCUAUUCAGGGGCGAUGGAUAUGGUUAACAAUGGGUUAAGCGCAAACCAGAACCAGGUGCUGAGUUUGAUAAAAGGCUGUCCGGACACACAGGGCAUCAGCAUCCAGGAGCUGAAGCAGAGACUGAGUGUCAUAAGUCUGCCUGUCAUCAAGCAAGCCGUGGAAUUCCUCAGCAACGAGGGGCACAUCUUCUCCACCAUCGAUGAAGACCACUUCAAAUCAACAGACAAUGAUGACUAAGAACCUUCGUCUUCUUAUUAGUGUUACAUAUUUGUACUGACUAGAAUAGUUUUUCACAGCACAAAGCUGUGACUACGUUCACGCUGAGUGAUAUCCUGAGAGCCGUCUCGGUUCAAGUUCCGCGGUUGAUGUUAGACAAAGAACACAUGGUUGAGGCAAUUUUUAGUACACAUCCUGUAUUCCUGAAACUGCUUCUGCUACUUGAAAGUCCCAGAGGUGUCACUGUUGAAGAAACUGUUUUAAGCAGUUGAUAUUAUAACUCUGCAUUUCCCUAUUUUGCCCUCAUAAAACAUUGUGUAAAUUUAAAUACACGGAAAACAAGCACUGUUUAUUUUUGUCUUUGUAUCUAAUUUCUGCCAGAAUUAAAAGAGUAUAUAAAAAGUGUUGUUUCACAGUGAUGUUUUAACUGUCAUAAAUACAAAAAUAUUCACCAUAUCUUCAGAUUACAUUCUUUAAAGUGAGAUUAAAAAGAUUCAAGCA